CCGCGCGGGGCGGGAAGAGGUCAGGGGUGGGGCCCUGUGUCCUAGUCGUCCUCCUGGGGUUCGCGUUCCUCCGCCAACCCGGACUGCUUGAGAGAGCCGGGGAGGGUUCAGGGCGUGCCUAAACGGCUACCCCGCCCCGGGCUCGUCCCUCUCAUUAGACUUUGGCUGUCUGGGCAUUUUAUUCUUGGGUUCCUGGAAAGAUUCCUGCCACUGCAUUUGUGGCUCCGACGGAAGGCCAGUCUUGGGAGCCAGGGGAAGGACAGUGCCGGCAGGCUCGGCUGGCAGGACAGCAGGCACCCUAGGAACGGCCGGUUCGAUGUUUGUUUGCUACUAAUGGGUGUGAGCAAAUUAGAUAUUCUAUACCGGAGACUUCUCCUCACAAAACUUUUUAUCAGAGGAUGGGGGAGGCCAGAAGAUCUCAAAAGACUCUUCGAAUUCAGAAAGAUGAUUGGAAAUCGAGAAAGAUGUCAGAAUCUGGUUUCAAGUGAUUAUCCAGUACACAUUGAUAAGAUUGAAGAGCAAUCAGACUGUAAGAUCCUAGAUGGACACUUUGUUUCCCCCAUGGCCCACUAUGUGCCUGAUAUAAUGCCAAUUGAAUCUGUUAUUGCAAGGUUCCAACUUAUUGUUCCUAAAGAAUGGAACAGCAAAUAUAAACCUGUAUGCAUUCAUCUUGCUGGAACAGGAGAUCAUCAUUACUGGAGACGACGAACACUAAUGGCUCGUCCUAUGAUUAAAGAAGCCCGAAUGGCUUCUUUGUUGUUAGAAAACCCUUAUUAUGGCUGCAGGAAACCCAAGGACCAAAUAAGGUCCAGCUUAAAAAACGUGUCUGACCUUUUUGUGAUGGGAGGAGCUCUUGUUUUAGAAUCUGCUGCUCUCUUGCACUGGCUAGAGAGAGAGGGUUAUGGACCUCUAGGAAUGACCGGAAUAUCCAUGGGAGGACAUAUGGCUUCCUUAGCGGUAUCCAACUGGCCUAAGCCCAUGCCAUUGAUUCCAUGUCUGUCUUGGUCCACAGCAUCUGGGGUCUUCACUACGGGUGUUCUAAGUAAAUCGAUUAAUUGGAGGGAGCUGGAAAAGCAGUAUUAUACACAGACAGUUUAUGAAGAAGAAAUUAUUCACUUGCUUGAAUACUGUGGAACAGAUUCUUUCAAAAUGGGACAAGAGUUUGUGAAACGCUUCCCUAUCAGUGCAGACAAGCUAACUAACCUUAAUGUGGUUUCUGGAACUUUAAAUUUAGAUAUGACAAACCAAGUUGUAUCCCCAAAACCUAGUGAGUGCCAUAAAUCUAGUAAAACAUCUGUCAGUGCCACAUCAGAAAGACUCUUACUGCAAGAUACCUCUAAGAUGGAGUGCUUCAAUCAAACGCUUUCAACCAACAAAAGUAAUUACACGAGUUGCAAUCCUCAGUCAUACCAUCUACUCAGUAAAGAACACAGGAGAAACAAUCUUCAGAAAGAGUCUUUAAUAUUCAUGAAAGGAGUCAUGGAUGAAUGUACUCAUGUGGGAAAUUUCUCAGUUCCAGUUGACCCAAGCCUCAUUAUAGUGGUUCAAGCCAAAGAAGAUGCUUAUAUUCCACGAACAGGAGUUCGAAGUCUACAAGAAAUUUGGCCUGGUUGUGAAAUCCGUUAUCUAGAGGGGGGUCAUAUUAGUGCUUAUCUUUUUAAACAAGGACUCUUCAGACAAGCCAUCUAUGAUGCAUUUGAACGCUUCCUCCAUAAGUAUGCUAACUAAUUGGAUCGCUCUAUGUAACCAGAAUGGCCAUCAUGUUUCCUACAAAAGGAGUUUUUCACUUUUGAUGAUAAGAAUAAGCAGACAGCACUAUAUAUCUAACUACUAUCAGUUUAGUCUGGAAUUCAUUGUUAUAUCAGUCAACAGUGAUCUUUAAAUACAUGUGAAUAAUUUUAAACCAAUAUUUGGAUGAAACAAUGUUGAAGUAUUUUGUUACUGUUUUGUGGGAACCCCAUAUAUGCAAUAUUUUGUCUGUUGUUACUAUUUAUGAAAACCUUAAAUUUUAAUUGUGAAUAAUUUAUUAAUUAAAAUAAAUUUAUUCAUAGAAACCUUAUUGGUUUUUAAAGAACUGCUAAAUCAAGCUAAGUUUGUAAUACAUCAGCAUGUAUUGUAUACUUAUAUGAUAGUUCUACUAUUGAUUUGAGAACUUGUUUCUUUCUUAUAUUCAACUUUAAUUUCUGCCAUGGAAAUAUUUAAUGAUGUAUAAAAUCAGUGUUAACUUUUAAUUCUUAAAAAAAUCCUGAUUGCUUCAUAUUUAGGUAGUUUUAAUAAUUAAAACAAAUGUAGGAAUGCAGGUAAGAUGCAUAUGACUUGGCUGAACUUUAAAACUUUACCAAAUAUGAGGUUAGAAAAUGAUGCCAAAUGUAUGUCCCCUACUUAAGAAGUUUCAAUUCAUGAAAAAUGGAAAUGAUGAAAGACCUAUUGCAUUACUUGAUACUGUGUCUUAACAUUUUCUUACAUACUGUGGGUUUGCUAAACAUCCAACUUUAGUCAGAUAUACUUGAUAGCUUUGGCUUUUUAAUUUCAGAAAUUAAAGACCACAAAUGAAAUUGAUUUGUUCCAUAUAACUUCAUUUUACAGAAAAGAUAUAAUAACUGCUAACUUUUUUAAGUGGAAGGUUAUAUGAUUAGAUUUGGUGCUUUUUAUGUUAAACUUCUCAAGCUAAGAUUUAAAAUGUUUGAAAAAAGUAGAAUAUAUUUUUGGGAAUUGUAUCAAGGUUUGGAAUAAAUGUAUUUGCAUUUUA